AUCACCCUAAAAAACAUAUUCCUCUCCUGUAAAAAGCCCAAAUCCGAAAUUCGCUGGAUUCAUACGUUACAUCGCAAUCCAAAUCCAAACAUCAUUGAAUCUUCCGCCCCCUUUUCCGUUUUUCCGUCACAAAUAUGUCCUCCAGCGGCGUCACGGUGGCGGAAGGCGGCCCGCAGAUGUUCUUCUGCCACCAAUGCCAGCGCACCGUCACCAUCACCCCCUCCCCCGCCGGCGACAUCCUCUGCCCCUCCUGCAACUCCGGCUUCGUCGAAGAAUUCCAAAACCCUAACCCUAACCCUACCCCCGCCCCGGACCCCCUCCUCUCCGAUCCCCUCUCCCUCUUCCUCUCCCAUUUACUCCCUUCCGCAGCAACAACAAACCCUAGCCCUCUCUCCCGCCCGCCUAGGGCCGCCCCUGAGUCCUCCUUCGGCCAGGAUGCCUUCGACCCGCUUCUCUACAUCAUGAACUACCUCGCCAAUCACCGUGCCAGCGGCAUUGACUAUCAGUUCGUCUUCGACGACCAUCCGUCGCCUGCUUCCGGAUUCCCUCUCGCCACGAACCUCGGCGACUAUUUCAUGGGCCCUGGAUUCGAGCAGUUGAUCCAGCAAUUGUCCGAGAACGAUCCCAAUCGAUACGGCACGCCUCCGGCCUCUAAGUCUGCUGUCCAAGCGCUUCCGAGCGUUAAUGUGGACGAGGGCAUGCUGAAAUCGGACCUGGCGCAGUGUGCGGUGUGCAAGGAUGAUUUGGAAUUGGGGACUGUUGUCAAGCAGAUGCCUUGCAAGCAUGUCUAUCACGAUGAUUGCAUUCUGCCCUGGCUGGAGUUGCAUAAUUCGUGCCCUGUGUGUCGCUACGAGCUUCCUACCGAUGAUGCGGACUAUGAGAGCAGGAAUGGAGUUCCUCGGGGUGGCAACGGUGGUGAUGGGGAUGCAGCUGGGGGUUCUGAUGGGCAGAGGACUGUGGAGAGGAGGAUGACCAUAUCAUUUCCUUGGCUGUUUGGAGGGUCAGAUUCAGGUAGUGAAGGUGGCAGCCGGAACAAUCAGUGGCGGAGUUAAACCUUUUAUGAUGUGGAUGAAGUUGAUGAUAGCUUAUUUUGCGCUUGAUGGAGAACAAUGUUUGUGCUUGUAACGAUGGAUAGAUAGAGGGAUUACUUGCAUGAUUACAUAAUAACCAUCAGUUUUUUUUUUUGUUACAUAUUCUUACUCAAGUAAACUCAGCACGUUUCAUGCCAUUUUUGUAUAGUGAAAUCUCUAUAAUCAUGUUAAA